AUGUCACAGGAGACAGACAAUAAGCGUGUGGUGGUGGUGGUCCCCAACGACAGCUCCUACCCUGCGGUGCGGCGGGCCUACACCAGCGAGGAUGAGGCGUGGAGGUCGUACCUGGAGAACCCGCUGACAGCCGCCACCAAGGCCAUGAUGAGCAUCAACGGGGACGAGGACAGCGCCAACGCCCUGGGCCUGCUCUACGACUACUACAAGGUGCCGAAAGAAAAGAGGCUUCUGCAAGUCCCCAAAGUGGUUGAGGUUACAGAGGAUCAGGAAAAAAGGUCAGUGAAUUUGGGUUUCUCCUCCAGCCAAAGCGAGGUGGAGACAGUGGACAACCGUGUUCAGGUCCUCAAAUCUGUCCCUGUCAACCUGUCACUCAACACGGAGCACCCAGAGACCAAACGGGAGCAGUUCAACAGCACGGCGGGGGCGGGUUCAGGGGACGGAGGCUCGCCAGCCGUUGCCGUGGUAAAGGCCGAGGUGUACGCGCCCGUCUUCAUGACGGGAAGCGGGAUUCACUACAGGAUGGAUGGGGAGGAGUCAGCGAGGGUGAUCUACGAGCAGAGUCCGUAUGAGGUGACCACCGUCAGUCACAGCUCCUAUGUGAAAGAAGACCAGCAGAGUCCGCCUGACAGUCCGUAUGAGGAGGAGAGAGAUGGGAAAUACCACACACCUUCCUCUCUGGCUACAGAUGACUUCUUAUUUCAACAGGAGGGAGUUGACAGCUUCCAGUACACGCUGGAUGCCACUCGCUCACUGCGUCAGAAGCAGGGCGAGGGGCCUAUGACCUACCUGAACAAAGGCCAGUUCUACGCCGUGACGCUCAACGAGCUCAGCGCCAACAAACGCCUCCGUCACCCCAUCAGCAAAGUCCGGAGCGUGAUCAUGGUGGUGUUCAGCGAAGAUAAGAACCGAGACGAGCAGCUUAAAUACUGGAAGUACUGGCACUCUCGGCAGCACACGGCCAAACAGAGAGUCCUCGACAUCGCUGAUUACAAGGAGAGCUUCAACACAAUCGGCAACAUCGAAGAAAUCGCCUACAAUGCCAUUUCCUUCACCUGGGAUGUGAAUGAAGAGGCAAAGAUCUUCAUCACGGUCAACUGUCUGAGCACAGACUUCUCCUCUCAGAAGGGGGUGAAGGGUCUCCCUCUGAUGAUCCAGAUCGACACCUACAGCUACAACAACCGCAGCAACAAGCCACUGCACAGGGCAUACUCGCAGAUCAAGGUCUUCUGUGACAAGGGAGCAGAGAGGAAGAUAAGAGAUGAGGAGAGAAAACUGUUUCGCAAGAAGUCAAAAGGUUUGAGCUGCAAUUUUAGAAAAGACGGAGGCGUAGGUGUGAUAACCGCUUCCAAGAAGUCCGACACCACCCAUUUCAAGACCAUGACUGACUUGGAAGCGCAGCCCGUCCUUUUCAUCCCCGACGUUCACUUUGGCAACCUGCAGAGGGCCGGACAGGUGUUUACCUUCAACACAGAGGAGAUCGAGAGAGAAGGGAGUGUGCUGGUGAAGAGGAUGUUCAGGCCGUCAGAUGAAGAUCUGUGUCCGUCACCUCAGAAACAGAUCAAAGAAGAGACACACAAGAGAGUGCUGUUGUAUGUAAGAAAAGAGAUGGACGAGGUCUUUGACGCUCUGAUGCUCAAGUCUCCAACACUCAGAGGCCUGAUGGAUGCAAUAUCAGAAAAAUACGGCUUGCCGACGGAGAGGAUAGCCAAAGUGUACAAGAAGAGUAAAAAGGGGAUCCUGGUGAACAUGGACGAUAACAUCAUCGAGCAUUACUCCAACGAAGACACUUUCAUCCUCAACAUUGAGAGCUACGCGGACGCCUACAAGAUCACACUGACGGAGAUCUGA